CCCGUCUCUCCGCCUCCUCCCUCUCUCUCCUCCGUGCCGCUCCCGCACGCUCCGUCUCCAGCGCCGCCCGCGCCCCUGCCCCGCUCCUCGCUGCCGCCCGCCGCGCCGCUGCUCCCGCGCCGGCUCCUGCUGCCCGCGCCGCCGUCGCUGCCGCAAAGCCCUUCUCCUCCUCGGCCAUCGCCAUGGGCGGCGGCAUCGGGCUCGGCGAGGACAAUGUCCGCCCGCCGUACGACCAGGUGCUGCAGGACAUUGCCGACUACGUGCACUCCUACGAGAUCAAGUCGGACACGGCCUUCCAGACGGCGCGUCUCUGCCUCAUGGACUCGCUCGGCUGCCACAUGGAGGCACUGCGCUUCCCCGGCGCGCGUGCCGUCACCGGCCCCGUCGUCGAGGGCACCAUCGUGCCCAACGGCGCCAAGGUGCCCGGCACCAACUUCCAGCUGGACCCCAUCCGCGCCGCCUUCAACAACGGCGCCCUGAUCCGCUGGCUCGACUUCAACGACACGUGGCUGGCCGCCGAGUGGGGCCACCCCUCGGACAACCUCGGCUCCAUCCUCGCCGUGGCCGACUGGCUCUCGCGCACGGCCGUCGCCAAUGGCCAGGCGCCGCUGACGGUGCGCGACAUUCUCGAGGCGGCCAUCAAGGCGCACGAGAUCCAGGGCAACCUGGCCAUUGAGAACUCGUUCAACCGCGUCGGCCUCGACCACGUCGUGCUCGUCAAGGUCGCCAGCGCCGCCGUCGUGUCCAAGAUGCUCGGCAACACGCGCGACCAGACCGUCGACGUCGUCUCGCAGGCCUUUGUCGAUGGCCAGUCGCUGCGCACCUACCGCCACGCCCCCAACGCCGGCUCGCGCAAGUCGUGGGCUGCCGGAGACGCCUGCUCGCGCGCCGUCAACCUCGCGCUGCUCGUGAAGAAGGGCGAGAUGGGCUACCCCUCCGUGCUGACUGCCAAGACGUGGGGCUUUUACGACGUGCUCUUCAAGGGCAAGGAGUUCAAGUUCCAGCGCCCGUACACCUCGUACGUGAUGGAGAACGUGCUCUUCAAGCUGGUGCCCGCCGAGUUCCACUCGCAGACGGCCGUCGAGGCGGCGGUGAUUCUGCACAAGAAGAUGCAGGAGGCGGGCAAGACGAGCGACGACAUCAAGAAGGUCACGAUCCGCACGCAGGAGGCGGCCAUCCGCAUCAUCAGCAAGCAGGGCAAGCUGAACAACUACGCCGACCGCGACCACUGCAUCCAGUACAUGGUCGCUGUGCCGCUCAUCCACGGCAAGCUCGAGCCGCAGAUGUACAACGACGACUUUGCCGAGGACCCGCGCAUCGACGAGCUGCGCGGCAAGAUCUACUGCGAGGAGGAUGCGCGCUACACCAAGGAGUACAUGGAGGCCGACAAGCGCUCCAUUGGCAACGGCGUGCUCAUCGAGUUCAACGACGGCAGCAAGCUCGACGAGGUGGCCAUGGACUACCCCGUGGGCCACGCGCGCCGCCGCGAGGAGAGCAUUCCGCUCAUCAAGGCCAAGCUGGCAAAGCACCUCGACGGCCACUUCGACCAGGCCACGCAGAGCAAGCUCGUCAACCUCAUCGAGGACACGGAGAGCUUCGACAAGAUGCCCGCCAACGAGUUCAUCGACCUCUGGCUCAAGAAGUAGACAGACUAGACUACGCGCGUCGUUGCCCCUGUUCUGCUCUUCCUCUGACUUGCCACGCAAUCGAAGCACAUGCUUGAUCUCCCCACCCACUGCCCUUGUCCAGACGCUCUGGCUGCCCGCUUCAGCGACGCGAGAAGGGCCGAGUGGAGAGACGUGUGUAUUACGCGCGCGGGCCGCUGUGAGACGAGAAGCAAGCAAGGCUAGUCGUACAC